GAGUUAGGUCAAUGUACCCCGGACAAUGUGCCCGGACUCAGCUGACAUUUUAGCAGCAAAUAAUUUCCACUACCCAGAAAUUGAAUCCACUGAAUCCCCAAUCUUCAAUCUCCAUCUCAUUCAGCUCUUUUUACAGCCUCGAUCUUGAUUUUUCUUUUUUUUUGAAGGGCAAAUGCGACGGCGGCUUUAACGCUCACCUCGUUUCAUCGAAGCGUAGCAUUGCUUUAGUCGAGUUGCAUAGAUUUGAAAGAUAUAUCUCUUAUUUCGAUCUCGGUUCCGCGGCGCCAUUUGCAAUUAAUUCUUGCGCGCAUCGUUCCACGUUUUUGUAUCCAUAUUGAUGUCUGAAUAACUCCGGACUUUCACUAAAUAUUCCCUAUUCUUAUUUUCCCAUUGCUCCUUCAGUUGGGCACCUGUAGUCAAGAUGACUCUAUCGUUCAUUACCGUCAAAUUACUUUUCGCUGUCCUAUUCGUCGGUGAUGCCACCUACGGUUUAUCCAGCCCUAGCGCGCGGGAGUCGUCAUCGAUAGAGGAAUGUCCGGUCUUCUUUGAUACAGAUAAGCGAUGCGAUCCUAUCGCGUCUAUAAGCUUCUUCCCGCCUCUAUUGGCGCGGUUUGACAAGGAGAAGUCACCUCAUUCCCCAGAUUUAAACGUCCUGGCCGAUCUUCUCGAUGCGAUGCACGUUAUGCAGACGGAAUAUUUCGCGCCGUGGCUCGGCACCUGGCCCGAUUCCAUCGACUGGACCGCCGCCGUUAUGGGUACACACAUCUCGGGGGCCGUGCGUAGUCUUUCCGAAGCCUUAGUGCACAUCAACUCGGACAAGGAAAACGCCAUAGACGUGAAGUUGGAGUUAAAUCUGGUUGACAGAUACUUCACUCAACUUACGGCAUAUUACUUCGGCCAAGACGCUUUUGCGAUUCGAAAUGAGGCAUACGACGAUAUCCUCUGGGUGGUUCUCGGCUGGCUCGAGACCAUUCAGCUGGUAAACAUGCAUAGCGAUCUUCAUUUUAAGUCAAACGAAGAAGACGGAGGUGCCGCGCCCGAAAUGAAGAACAUUCGAGGGAUUAAUGACUACUUUGCAAAUCAGCCUUAUCAUGGAAACAUUUGGGUUCCUGCCUUUGCUCAUCGUGCGCGCAUCUUCUGGGAUCUAGCAUUAAACGGGUGGGACACAAAGCUGUGUGGUGGCGGCAUGGUCUGGAACCCUCGUCUUUUGCCAUACAAAAAUGCUAUUACCAAUGAGCUAUUUAUCGCGGCUUCGAUAUCCAUGUAUCUAUACUUCCCCGGAGACGAUAACACGUCGCCAUUCUCUAACGCUGGGACUCCUCAGGGGCCACCUCAUACGCGUAACGGGCCGAGAGAUGCGAAAUACCUGAAAGCUGCCGUAGAGGGCUAUAAAUGGCUUGUCAAUUCUAACAUGACUGACCGCCGAGGCCUUUACACAGACGGUUUUCACAUCAAGGGAUAUACCGACGUGGGGAAUAACAACACGAAGUGCGAUGAACGGAAUGAUAUGGUUCUCUCAUAUAAUCAAGGUGUCUUACUCACUGGUCUGCGCGGACUCUGGGAAGCCACCGGCGCCCCAUCAUUCCUCUCGGAUGGGCACAAGCUGAUCCAGAAUGUGAUCAAGGCAACUGGUUAUAGCCUUGCAUGGGACGCGCCUCUCCAAACCCUCAUGAGGCUGUAUCCCGGGGAGCUUCCAAAAUGGUAUGGCUUGGGCCGGCUGGGCGUUAUGGAAGAUCCGUGCGAUGCGAGCGGGACUUGCAGCCAGGAUGGCCAGACAUUCAAAGGUAUUUUCUUCCACCAUCUGACGGCCUUCUGUGCGCCUCUGACCGCGCCCGAUACCAACGUCGACAAGCGCGCCUUCGACAUGGUGAAAGAAGCCCACAGCAGAGCCUGUUCGUUCUACGGAGGCUGGCUGAAGCACAACGCGCAGGCGGCUUUGCUAACCCGUGACGAGCACGGCAAGUUUGGGCAAUGGUGGACCGCCGGGCUGCUCCUGCGUCACUGGGCUGGCCCGUGGCCUACUAUGGCGAACGAUGGGGUGCCUCAUAAGAGGGGCGUCGACUAUCGUAACUACGGCGUGCCCAAUGACACCACCUGGAGAGCUCCACCUCCUAGUAAAGACAAGCCCGGCGUCCACCUGCCGGUUGAGAGGCCCUUCGUAAAUCUAGACCAAGCGCAGAAACCAUUGCGCGGCUCUAGGGAGGAGAAACGCCAGACGCAAGACGCUAGCUCGAAGGACCCGAACACGCGCGGCCGCGGGAGAACCGUCGAGACCCAAGGUGGUGGACUAGCACUUCUUCGAGCGUAUUGGAAUAUCGCGCAUACACCUUAGCGAGGCGAGAAAGUCAGCGUAGUAGUAGCAGUAGUAGUCAGCGCAGCAUCUCUUUUUUUUUUUUUCAUUAGUUGGAUUAGUCAGAUAGAUAGAUAGAAGGGGGUGGUGGGAUCGUCAGCUUAUUAUUGGCAUUUAGUAGGAUAUAUAGUAUAGUCGGAACUAUGUAUGGGCAAACUACAAACGAGUCAGCAAGCUGGAUAAAGUCUCCAUGUAUUGAACUACAUUACAGGUAUACGCGAAUAUAGGUGCCGUUGAGGGUGGAUGAUGGAUAGAGUUAAGACGCCGUGUUAGGAGGUAAGUAAGUGCCUAGAGGUAGGUAGGGUUAAGCGUAAGUUAUAUACAUGCGUUGGUCUUUCGCUAUUGGUGGAUGAUAUACGUUGGACUAGAUGGGAUACCUACCUAGGUAUAUAUAGUGGCAUCUAUACACUGUUUCCUCGAAUAUACAUAUACAUCUACAGGCUCAUUGACUCUAGGUAGGUAGUAUUCGAACUAGUGGUUGGAUACUAUUAUAGACAGCGACGGCGUAUCUACGUCUAUAGUGCAAGGUACGCUUUUGUCUAAUGGAAUAGCUUCUUCUAUAUUACUAUAGGUAUACCUUAGGUACCUGGUAACCUAACAUUAGCUCUGUACUAUGGUGAUUUUCUUAACUCACAAUCUCACAA